UAGAGCCGCUCCACUCCGAGCUCGCGCUCAGAUGCUUUCAUUCUUUACUCACACUGGCACGAGAAGGAAACGCCCGUCGUUUUAACAUUUUUAUGUUCGUUUGUUGGGUUUGUGUUUCCUCGCGCAGUGAUGCCAGUCAUUCGAGCCGUUUUGGUGCUGCUCUGCCUGGUGUUGACUAUGGCACGUGCCCGCAGGAGUUCUCCGGAGCCGGAGGAUGUUCAGGAGAAAAUCAACAGCGCGAGAUGCACGUCCAGGUGUCUGAGUCUGCACAUGACCCAGCUAACGGCGGCUUUCAGACAUAUUCAGAAUAACCAGGUUCUGGUUUGGUGUGAAAGCCACAGACGCUGUGCUCAGUGCCUUCAACCAUGCAAAGAAUUAUGGGAAACCAGGAGGGUGAUCUCUCCAAAGUUAUGUGAGAAACAGACAGAGUGUGUGACAAGCAGGGAGUUUGUGGCCUCUGUGAGGUCGUCCCGCCAGGGAGACUGCAACCCGCCUCAGCGAGCCACAGGAUUCGCUGCAGCCUGUGUUGAGAGCUGCUCAAUAGACCAGGACUGUCCUUCUUCCAGAAAGUGCUGCUUUAAUGGCUGUGGACACACUUGUCAAGCUCCAGCCAAUUCAUAUAAAGGUGUUCCCUUGAAACCUCGCAAAGAGAUGAGCUUUGUGGAGGACCCAGAGGGUCAUGUGAAGGUGGCGUGGGUGUCAAAGUUCAAUGUAAGCAUGGAGCCUGUCAUUUACAUACUUCAGUCCCGCUGGAACAUCGGCAUUCACCCCAGUGAGGACCACGCCUCUCCGUGGGCUACUGUUGUCAUGACCCUCUCUGAGAAUGUGGUUAUGUCCGAUCUGAAGCCUCAGCGUUGGUAUCAGUUCAGGGUUGCCGCCAUCAACAGCCACGGCAGCAGAGGCUUCACCACACCCAGCAAACACUACAUGUCCAGUAAAGACCCUUCCCCUCCUGAGCCUCCAACAAACAUCAGAGUGAGCAAUCAGAGUCUUGAAUGGGCGGAUUCACAACUAGCACCUGAGUUCACAGAAAGGUUAACGGGAAGUAGGGCCAAAGUGGCACUGUUAUUACACUGGGAGCCCCCCAGAGAGGGAGACCUGCCUGUUCACAACUACAGAAUAACCUGGAUGUCUCGGCAUGCACACACAACUCAUAAACACACAGUUCAAGAACAACCGCACACAGAGCACAUCAACAAGCCUAUGCGAACGGUGCACUUACAGGCUCAAGAACAGGGUAAAAAAGAGAGCAGCAGCACCCUGACUCAUGGGGCACAGACCGAGCUGUGGCUGCAGGGCCUGCUGCCUGCCACUCCCUAUGUCGUGUCUGUCCAGACGGUGGCCUACUGGGGACAGAAGAGGCUGAGAAGUCACAGAGCUCAGCUUUUUUUCACCACUAUCAUUCAUGAAGGCGAAGACUUCUCCAAUGAGCUCCCCUCUUCCUCGUCGUCCUCAUCCCUACCCUCCUCUCCCUCUCAAGCAUCCUCCUCACCCUCCUCCCAUAAGCAUCCUGAGAUUUCCCGUCUCGCUCAUGUAGAUUUGCCUCCAAAUCCCUCUGAAAAUCUACGCCUGGAGGUUGCUGCCCCUCAUUUUCACAACAAUCAGCUGCAGGUGAAGGUGUUCUGGAAGUGGUCUCAUCAUGCCAGGCAGAUACAUAGAGGUCCUUACAUUCUGAGGUGGCAUCCACACGCCUGCAGUACAAAUGUCUCAAGUGCAGGCAGAACAACAACAGUGGAGAGUACUCAUCACAUUAUCAAAGGUCUGCAAUUUGCCUGCAAGUACAGGGUCUCAGUGGCAAUGGUGGCUGAUUCAGGGGAAGAAGCUAUUGCUUGGGUUACAACCCCAACUUGCUCCUCUUUCAGGGUCAGAGGUGACAAAGCAUUGCCCUGCAACAAUGAUGAGCGCCCCCUGGCUGCGAGAAAGGUGGUACUGCGUCCAGAACGGCUGACGGCAGACUUUCAACAAGUCAACGGUACCUUGCUCACAACGCUUCGCUGGAGGAUGUCCCAUCAUGCACUGGGCUCUGCAGCAGUUGAGGGGUUCCAGUUUUUCUGGAGUCUACAAUCUGAACUCAAUCCAGCAACAGGAAGGCAUGAAGAUGCGGUUAUCUCCCAGACCCAAACAAUUGCACCGUCUGAACGUUCUGUCACUGUUAAUGGUCUUCAGGCUGACAGCAUAUACCGGGUGCAGCUCCAGGUGCUAACUGCAGGUGGCAGCACUGGAGCUGCCGUCUCAAAGACCAUACACACCCCAGCAAUUAUCACCACGCUUUGAUAGGUCAAAACCACAAAACGGCUAAUAUAUGCUGCACCAUGGUCAUCUUUUCCAGCUUCCACUUUUCUACUUUCUUUCAUCGUACCACGUGAUCUUGACUGGAGAAAACAUAUGCAAGAAUUUUAUAUAAAUUAAGUAAAUUUUUCACAACUGUCUUUCACUUUAAACAAAUACCAACAUUAUAAAAAUUAAGAGUUUGAGCUUAAUUUAUGUAAAGAAUUUACUUUAAUAUUUUGGUGGGUUUCUCAGCUUUUUUGUGAAGAAAAAUUGACUCUACCUAUAUGUGGAACCAAUUUCUGCAUUACCUAUGGGUUGUAUUUUGCAGCGUAACAUUUUUAAAUGUUUCCUUGCAUCAUUAGUGACCAUAGCCAGUGUGGGGAAUGAUGUAUUGUAAAAGAUGUCUGCUUUUGAUAGGUGUUUGUAUAAGACUGAUUACCCUGACAACUUUACAUCAUUCAAGUCAAAAACACUUGUAAAUAGACUUUGUUUCCUGAUGUUUUUUGAUACUGCUAGUAGAGAAACAUAUAGCACUGACCUUAUGUAAAAAUAUUCAUGUAUAGCAACAGCAUUGUCUUUUGUUUGGAAAUAUCUCAAUAUGCAAGCUCAAAAAUUUUAUUUGUUUUGGUUUUUUACAUUUUUUUAUUCCUUUUAUACAUUUUUGCUGUAAACGUUUGAUGAUUUAUUUGAAAAGGCAUGAAACAGCCAGUGUCAUUCAACUUGUAAUUACCAUGUUAAUAUUUUCUAUUUGGUAACCUCCAACUAUUUAGAAUUUUCUCAUUAUUCCUUUACUUAUCUUAUUUAUUAUUUUCUUGCCUACUUUGUUUUUGUAAAUAAAGUUUAUCAACACACAA